AUGGAUCCAAAUUCAUAUGAAUAUACGUCUCCCCUCGACGGUUGGCAAGGAGAUCCAUUGUCAAACGAGAGGAAUCCAGACGGCAAAUCGCUAGUAAAUCCCGCUGCAACGAAGCUCAGUGCGGCAUAUGAAAGCUUCACAGACCCCAUCAGGAACGACGAACGAGGAGGCUUCGACAUCCACAUUUACUACCUCCAAAGCAAGGAGAGUCAAGUCAGAUACGCCACUGAGUUGCACGAAAGAGUGCGGAGAGAGUUCCCGGAACUUCGCGUCUAUCAGCUGUGGGAUGGCCCGGUAGGGCCUCAUCCAAUUGCCAUGUUUGAAGUCAAUGUCUUUACGCCGCUUCAAUUUGGAGCUUUUGUGUCGUGGCUGGUUAUACACAGAGGUCCUUUAUCCGCAUUGAUUCAUCCGAAUACUGGCGGUGGAAAUGCUUUGCGCGACCAUACGCAACGGGCGACUUGGUUGGGGCAGCCAUACCCGUUGGACACAGUGCCACUGCGUGGACAUUGA